GUCAACUCCAGCUUCGAACGCGCCGGUGCCUCUUGACAUUGUGCCCCCCACUACAACAGUCUUCCCCGCGCUUUUCCGAUCCGCGGCCACUUACACAACCAGGCCCUCGUCAACCCAUUUCUGUAGAGAGUCCUACCUGCUAAGAAGAAUUGGCAAUGUCGGGCAAGCAGGCCAGCAAGGGCGAAGCUGCCAACAAGUCCAAAAAGCCCGCCAAGGGCGGCGCCGAGGAGAAGAGAGAAGAUGCUCUGCAGGCCGUCAUCCUCGCUGACUCCUUCCAAGACCGCUUCCAGCCUUUUGCGCUUGAAAAGCCCAGGUGUCUCCUUCCUUUGGUCAAUGUGCCCGUUAUCGAAUACACGCUCGAGUACCUAGCCUCCAACGGCGUCCAGGAGGUCUUCAUCUACUGCGGCGCCCACUCCGAAGACGUCGAAGCCUAUAUCAACGAUUCCGAUCGAUGGAGCCCCGAAAGCAAUCUCUGCCCCUUCUCCUCUGUCGAAUUCAUCCGCGUGUCCGACGCCAGCUCCACCGGUGACUUUUUGCGAGAUCUCGACAAGCGCAGUCUUAUCUCGGGUGACUUUAUCCUCGUCCAUGGCGACGUUGUCGCAAACAUCCCCCUCGACGGUAUUCUGGCCAGGCACCGCGCAAGGAGAGAGGCCAACAGAGACGCCUGCAUGACCAUCGUGUUGCGCUCAACAGGAGACAGCCCUCACCGAGCUGCAAAGGCCCGGGGCAUUACUCCUGUCUUUGUUGUCGACCCCACGAACGGCCGUUGUCUGCAAUAUGAAGAGAUGCACCCACUUCAGAAGGACAAGUACGUCAAGUUGGACGAGUCGGUAUUCGACUAUGGCGAGUUCGAAAUGCGCACCGACCUGAUCGACUGUGGCAUCGAUAUUUGCACACCGGAUGUUUUGGCUUUGUGGUCCGAGAGCUUCGAUUACGAGCUUCCCCGCAAGAACUUCCUUCACGGCGUACUGAAGGACUGGGAGUUGAACGGCAAGAUUAUCAGCGCCGAGAUCCUUGAGGAAGGCUACGGGGCUCGCGCCAGCAACCUCCAGAUGUAUGAUUGCAUCAGCAAGGAUAUCCUCCACCGCUGGACGUUACCAUAUGUCCCCGAUAGCAAUCUUCUUCACGGCCAAACUUACAAGUACAAACGGGGUCUGUGGUUAGAGGAUGGCGCACACAUCGCAAAAAACAGCACAGUAACCAAAUCCGUACUGGGGAAGACCGCCUACGUCGACACUGGCAGCAGAAUCUCGAGCAGUAUCAUCGGAAGGAGGUGCCAGAUCGGAAAGAAUGUGAGGAUAGAGAACAGCUAUAUCUGGGAUGACGCGGUGAUCGAAGACGGUGCUACCGUUCUGCAUUCCAUUGUUGCCAACGAUGCAGUCAUCGGCAAGCACAGUUACAUCCCUCAAGGCUCUCUCAUCUCCUACGGUGUGCGGAUCAGCGCGGGAACACAACUCCCAUCUAAACCCCUACCGAGAAUCUCCCUCCUUACCAGUGAAGGCGAGCCGGCCAAGACCGAUAUCAAACUGGUCGGAAACGAUGGCAAGGGAGCCCAAUAUGAAGAGCCAGAAGACGACGAGGACAGCGACUCCGAGGAUGAGGGCGAUGUGGACCCUGCAGUUCUCCAAAGCUCUCUCAUUUACUCUUUGGCCGGCCUCAACAUUUCAAGCGAGUCAAUCUCCACACUAGCGACCCAUGACUCCGAUGAUGAACUCUCGGACGACGAGUACGAGCACGGUUUCCAAUCCAAGGCCAACCGCGAGCGCCUAUCCUCCUUCGCGUCCGACGGUUCCGCCGCCGCCGCCAUGAAGCUCGACCAGUUCCAUGGCGACGCUGUUCACGGACUUGUCGAUGCCCUCCGUGCUGACGACAACGAGGACUUCGACUCCGCGAAGCUGGAGUUCAUGGGUCUAAGACUGGCCAACAAUGCUUCAGACAGCAUGAUGCGCAAGGCCAUUGCCGUGGCCUUUGCCACCCGCGCCGCCGAGCUCAUGAGCCCCGAAAACGGUGGUCUUGAGCCUACCAAGGCCGCUGGCCGGGCCCUUACGUCCAAGAAGGGUGCCGUCAAGUUCAUUACGGAGGUUGGCGUCGGCGGUAACAAGGUCGAUCUCCACGCUGAGUUUGCCCUUGCGUUGCAGAAAGCUUUGGCGGCCAUUAAGGGGCUUGAUUCUGCGCGCGCAGGAACGCUGCUUGCGGCCCUGCUGCAACAGCUCUAUAACCUGGAUGUACUCGAGGAGGAGGGUAUUCUCGCCUGGUGGACGGAUGCUAGGGCCGCAGAGAAUGAUACACUCUCCAAGAUCAAGGAGAAGAGUCGCGUGCUGGUUGAGUGGCUGGAGAACGCAGAUGAGGAGGAUAGCGACGAAGACAGCGAUGAAGAGGAUGAAGAUAGUGACUAAACGCGUUACGAAGGAUGAACGGAAGGAAGGAAAAACGUAAAAGGGGAGGUGUAGAUGAAUUUAUACCCGCAGCACCUGCGAUGUUAGAAUAUUGCGCGUGUUAUUUUUUUCGGGAAGGAAAGGAUGGAUGGACGGGAAAAUAGAGCAGAAAUCUGACGUCCGCAUACUCCUAAAUUCGCACACAUCUUCCAUUGUAUAAGCACGGAUUCCUGCAAUGAUGCUGUUAACUAGAAUCGCUCGACUGGGUAGCCUUACACACCUGCAAACGAUGACCUGAGCGCUCUGAGCACGCAGGGUGUAUGGGUGAGAGUCAUCAAGAAUACAAG